AUGAGCUCUAAAGACGACUCAAAAUGCCCGGUGCUGCUGCUGGAGGAGCGGAGGCGCAGUCCUCUGGAUCAUCUCCCACCGCCGGCCAACUCCAACAAGCCGCUGACUCCGUUCAGCAUCGAAGACAUCCUCAACAAGCCGUCUGUCAGAAGGAGCUACUCCCAGUGCGGAGCUGCGCAUCUAAUCUCGCCUGGACAAAAGCUUCCCCCGGCGGGUGUGUCCGGCCGGGCGCUGCUCAGUCAGACCUCCCCACUCUGCGCGCUGGAGGAGCUGGCAAGCAAAACCUUCAAGGGCCUGGAGGUCAGCGUACUGCAAGCUGCCGAGGGUCAAGAUGGUCUGACGCUCUUCGGCCAGAGGAACACACCUAAGAAAAGGCGAAAGUCCCGUACGGCGUUCACCAACCACCAGAUCUACGCGCUGGAGAAGCGCUUCAUGUACCAGAAGUACCUGAGCCCGGCGGACCGAGACCAGAUCGCCCAGCAGCUCGGCCUAACCAACGCGCAGGUCAUCACCUGGUUUCAGAACCGGCGGGCCAAACUCAAGCGGGAUCUGGAGGAGAUGAAAGCGGACGUAGAGUCCGCGAAGUCGGCGGGCGUUGUGGCCUUUGAGAAGCUCGCCAAGCUGGCAGAGUUAGAGAAGUGCGCGGCUGGUGGUAUGGGCGGGGGGCCCGUGACAGCACCGUGCGACACCGAUCCCGACCCGAUCUCAUCCAGGGGCCACCACGAUACCACCGACAGCCUCGACUCCAGCAGGCCGCACAUGUCGCCUACUUCUCCAGUCUCGUCGCAGUACACAGACACACAGUGUUGCUCAGAGGAUGAAGAUGAGGAGAUUGAUGUGGAUGACUGA